CCUGGAGGAAUGGUUUUUGAGUGAUUAGCCCCCCUCCAGUGCUUUUGUUCGUAGUCAACGCAGCGGGAAGCAUUUCGCGGCUGGGAAGGCACGACUGGGAGGCUGCGGCGGCCAAACACUUCGCUUUGAAGCCCCGAGAGAGUCGCGCGCGACGCAGACUAUCCAACCUCCUUGCGUGCAAACUCUAUGGCCAAAUCCGAACGGCGGGAAAAUUGACGUUUCGUUUUUUAAAAACAUUGGUGCAUUUUUCUUUUGUUUUUCAUUUAAGAAUAGUGGCCGUUUUGGAUUGCUAAUUUAAAAAUAAUAGUGUGGUUAUUAAUGACAGUUGAGUGAAAAAAAGUGUGAUUAGCGGUGCAUGUGCAAAAUGGUGCUAAGUGUGAGAUUACUACUGUUAUGCAGCGCAUUAUUAUUAACUCAGCCAGCUCAGGCAGCCGUGGCACACGAGGAUGCGAUAGAUGAUUCUUCUGCGGACUCCACGGAGGUGUCUGUCGUGUCUGUGGCGUCGUCCACCUCCGUGGAGGCUCACGAGGACCACGAGGAGGGGUUCGAGGGGCAGGAGGAGCACGAGGGGUCGGGGGACGACCCGCCUGACCCGGCGCCGCCGGUGAAGAAUAAGAACGAAACCCGAGAAGCGCUAAAAUCCGACAGCACAGAACAGGAUCCGGUGGUGUUCGUGGGAGACAAGAACAGCUACGUGCCAGUCAGCAUCAAGCCUCGGUCGCCGGCCGCGGACACCUGGCGUGAGCCCCCGGCCUGGGAGCGCGAGUACCGGCGACACAGGACCAACGGGAGCCGGGUGCAGUACAUUGAAGCUGAGUGCCAAGACGAUUUCAUGAAGAUUCGAGUCGGGUUUAACGGAUCUUUCACCGGACUCGUCUAUUCUGCAGGCUACUCGUACGACCCGGACUGCAUGUACAUCAACGGCUCCGGGCGCGACUACUACGAGUUCUACAUCCAGCUCAACCGCUGCGGCACGCUCGGCCGGAACAGCCAGCACGAGGCCAGCAGGAAGCAUCCCACUAAGAACCUGAUGUGGAACACAGUAACCGUCCAGUACAACGCACUGAUCGAGGAGGAGCAGGACGAGCACUUCAAGGUGACCUGCGAGUACGGGUACGACUUCUGGAAGACCGUCACCUUCCCCUUCUUGGAUGUCGAAGUGGCGACAGGCAACCCAGUAGUAUUCACGCUCCAGCCGCCGGAGUGCUACAUGGAGAUCCGGGCCGGGUACGGCGCGGGCGGCGCGCGCGUGGCCGGCCCCGUGCGCGUCGGCGACCCGCUCACGCUGCUCAUCUACAUGCGCAGCGCUUACGACGGCUUCGAUAUCGUGGUGAACGACUGUUUCGCACAUAACGGGGCGGCUAAGAGGAUACAACUGAUCGAUGAUUUGGGUUGCCCAGUAGACGACAAGCUGAUCUCCCGGUUCCGAGGCUCAUGGUCUGAGACGGGUGUGUUCGAGACACAAGUCUUCGCCUACAUGAAGACCUUCCGCUUCACGGGAUCGCCCGCGCUGUAUAUCGAGUGUGAUGUUCGCAUGUGCCACGGGAGGUGUCCGUCACAACCCUGCCACUGGCGCAACAUGAAGAGCGUGCGCAAGCGGUCGGCCGACCAGCCGGGGGCGCUGCCGGGGGCGGUCGCGGGGGCCGGGGCGGGGGUGGGGCGGCUCUCGGAGAACAUCUCGCUGUUCCAGUCUCUAAGAGUGCUGCAGGAAGGUGAAGAUGAUGAUGAAGCGCCCGCUAGAGCUGCUACAGCAGAAGGUCAAACCUGCAUGAAGAACACCGCUCUAGGCGCCCUGAUCUCCGUGUGCGCAGUGCUAGCGGCGGCGGCGGGAGGCGCCAUGUUGUUGGCUACCCGCGCCCUGCGUCGUCCCACUGUGUCAGCUUCCGCUAGCUAUGUACCGCACAAGGGACGGAUCAAUUAGACAGCUAGUGUAGUGUUUG